AGACAACCCUGUAUCUCUCCCUCUCUCUCUGAAUUUCGUUGUCAAAUACAUGUCACGACUGUAAUCUCCAUCACAAUCAUAAAUACCAGUAGGAGGAAUAGUAAUCUCGUCAACUUCUCUCGGAAUAAAAUCGUUUUCCCCCGAGAAGAAGCAAAGCUUGCAUUUUGGUCAGGCCCUUGGUUUUUCCGUCAAGCAUCAAUUCCCCUAUAAGCCAAGAAUGGCUGCUACUGCAUUUCAACAAGCCACUGGGACUCUUCUGUCCCAUGGAUAUUUCAUCAACUAUGGCUUUCGGCGGGAGAAUGGAAAACAAUCACUACGAUUGAUUUCAAAUGGUUUUAGAGUUGAUAUCGGGAUCUUGAGAACAGGAAGUUAUCGCUCUAGUGGGAGGAAGUGUAUUGUUGCUCAGGCCUCCUCUUCUCAGUUUUCAGUACUCAACCAAGCUUCAUCCCUGUCAAAUGACACCACCAUUGACUCUUCAAAGAAAUCAAAGGAAGCGGCACUGAUCCUGAUUCGCCAUGGCGAGUCUUUAUGGAACGAAAAGAACUUGUUUACUGGUUGUGUAGAUGUCCCCUUAACCACCAAGGGUGUUGAAGAGGCAAUUGAAGCUGGUAAGAGAAUCAGCAAUAUACCUAUUGACGUUAUCCAUACUUCUGCACUUAUUCGUGCACAGAUGACGGCUAUGCUUGCCAUGACUCAACACCGUCGCAAGAAGGUGCCCAUCAUUAUGCAUAAUGAAAGCGAACAGGCGAAAUCAUGGAGUCAAAUUUUCAGUGAAGAAACCAACAAGCAAUGUAUUCCAGUUGUCACAGCUUGGCAAUUGAAUGAAAGAAUGUAUGGUGAACUACAAGGUCUUAACAAGCAGGAAACAGCAGAUAGAUAUGGAAAGGAACAAGUACACGAGUGGCGCCGUAGCUACGACAUACCUCCGCCCAAUGGCGAGAGUUUGGAAAUGUGCGCUCAGAGAGCUGUGGCUUAUUUUAAAGAACAUAUUGAACCCCAACUUCUAUCUGGAAAGAAUGUAAUGAUAGCCGCCCAUGGGAACUCAUUGAGGUCCAUCAUUAUGUACCUCGACAAGUUAACCUCCGAGGAGGUUAUUAGCUUGGAACUAUCAACUGGAAUACCUAUGCUUUACAUAUCACAAGAAGGAAAGUUUAUCAGAAGGGGAAGCCCUGCUGGACCUACCGAGGCAGGGGUUUAUGCCUACACCAAGAGAUUGGCAAAGUACAGGCAGAAGUUAGAUGAUAUGUUUGAGUGAUGGCAUCAAUCAGGAUCAUACCUUCUGUUGUAUUUCCGAUUAUCUACAUGUCUAUCUGUGCCAUAUUCAGGCCGCAUAGCUGCUAACGCAAUGGCAUGAUUCAAAAGUGUUGUGCAUUUCACGGUAGUGCUAGAAAGCCGGCAACUGCUCUGUUGUAUUGUUCUUUUUGUGUUGUUAAUUAAGCCUCAUACCGGUUCUUCUAAGAAGAGAUAAGAGUGUCAUUUAGAUUUAGUGUGUCGAAUUCCUGUGAAUUCAAUAGGGCUGAAGUUUGCGGUUUGCACAUCUUUGGCCCAAGUAUUGUAGGGUAGGUGAUGGCAAUAUGUUAUAGUGGGGCAAUAAGCAAGGUAUAUUCUGCACCAGCUACCAAACUUGGUUCAAAACUUAAAAUGUAUUGUAAAAGACAGAGUGGUUUGAAUGCGUUGAGGAAAUUGAAUUUGUCGAUACUA